AUGUCGUUGAUACUUUGGCAGUCAAAGCAAUUGUUCAAGUCAUGUUUAUUUUCACAGAAUUUGACAAAAAAAUACUCGUUAUUUCACGUAAAAAAACAUUUUGCUUCUAGCUCUAAAUUUGAGAGAUAUGAUUCGAAAUUGUCGCCCUUUCGGUUGGCAAUUAUCGGAAGUGGACCAGCAGGUUUUUAUACAGCGUAUCGCGUAUUAAAAGACCAUCCAUCAACUUUAGUAGAUAUGUAUGAAUCUCUCCCCAUUCCCUUUGGGCUGGUUCGGUACGGUGUAGCUCCAGAUCACCCAGAAGUUAAGAACGUUCAAAAUAGGUUCGAUGAAGUUGCGCAAGAUUCGCGUUAUUCUUUCAUUGGUAAUGUUAAGUAUGGUGAAGACCUCACUAUAGCAGAUCUAAAAUUACAUUAUGAUGCAAUUGGUUUUUCAUAUGGAGCGAGUCAAGAAAGAUCUCUUGGUAUUAAAAACGAAGAUGAUCCCAUUAGAAAUAUUUUUUCUGCACGAGCUUUCGUUGGUUGGUAUAACGGUUUACCACAAUAUCGAGACUUGGAACCUGAUUUGACUUGCACUGACACUGCCGUGGUUAUUGGGCAGGGGAAUGUAGCUUUAGAUGUUGGCAGGAUAUUAUUGACAGAUGUUAUGGAAUUAAGCAAAACUGAUAUCACAGAAUAUGCCUUAGAAACUCUCAGGAAAAGUAAAAUUAGAAAUGUUAUCAUUGUAGGAAGAAGAGGACCUUUACAGGUUUCUUUUACUGCCAAAGAGCUCCGUGAAAUGAUGAGUUUACCAAAUACGAAAUUUCAUACAGAUUUCGAGUUAUUAAAAAAUGAACUCUCUGCAAAUGUUGAUCUAAUAUCGAAAUAUCGUCCCUUGAAACGAUUAAUGCAAAUAUUAGAAAAAGGAAUGUCUAAUACUAUUGGUGACAAAUCAUGGUCCCUUAAAUUUUUACGAAGUCCAGAUGAAUUCCUCGCACAUGACAAUGAUGAUCCUAUUCGACGCAAAUAUGUACGUGCUAUCAAUUUCCAUAUCAAUAAAUUAGAAGGCCCACCAGAAAAGCGAGUUGCCAUUCCUACUGGAGAAAUGGAAGAAUUGGAAAGUGGUUUAGUUCUUAAAAGUGUAGGAUAUAAAAGCGUACCCAUAAAAGGUUUACCUUUUGAUGAGAAAAAAGGUCUUGUCCCUAAUUACAAAGGAAAGAUCUUGGAUAAUGAUAAUAAUGAGCAACCGGGGUUAUACGUCGCUGGAUGGUUAAAAAGUGGUCCUCAAGGCGUAAUUGCAACAACCAUGUAUGAUGCGUUUGAGACCGCAGAAGCUAUUGUAUCAGACAUUAAGCAAAAUAAACCAAUGCUUUCAAAAGAUAUUCAAACUACUAAACAAGGGUCAAAAGCGGUAAUUCCAAUUCUUCAUCAACGCGGUAUAAGAACAAUUUCAUACGAGGAUUGGAAAAAGAUCGAAAAGGAGGAGAACGAGGCAGGAAAAGUGAAAAAUAAACCGAGAGAAAAAUUUGGAAGAAUUGAGGAUCGAAGCGAAGGACUAUGCAUCGCGAAGUCCGCCAGCUCAAAAAUUGAAAAUAAAUCUGGUGCCAAGAUCAGGUUAAAUACAGUUAAUCAACAAUCUUCAGCGGUUAUCACUGGCGAUGAAAGGCAAUGUACAAUUGCCGUGAAUCUAAUUAAAAAAAAUAUUGAUAAGGCGUUCGUUCUUCCCACAAUCGGAUUUAACAUUUUGGAAUUAAAUAAUGUAACAGAUGUUAAUAAAGCUAAAUUCCAAUUUGUUAAAUUUGAAGGUGAUGAUGUUAAUGCUCAUUCAAGAAAUAGAAUUCAAUAUUUCGUUAAAUCCAUAAAAGAGACCGAAGAUGAUUCCGAUAAGCAAGAGUUAUCAGAGAUCGAUAAUCUCAUAGAUUCAUUUAAUCAAAAUAUUGAUAUCGAUAUUUAUUCGGAUUCUGGUUUCACCGUAUCUGAUAAAUUAGAUGAUUGUUUAAGUAAAAUUUUUUCCCAGCUUUCAAAAGCCGACCCAACCGAUCUUGAAAGAAAAGAGAUACGUUUAAAUCUCUUUUUCGGUCGUCAAUUAUAUUCUGACAUUCGUGAAGAAAUUUUUAGUGCCAAAGAUUGGACCAAGUUUAGGCGUGGUUCGCAGGGAAGAGGGAUUCGUACAUCGUUUCAACAUCAUGCACCUCAAAUUUUGGAAAAAAUUGCUAUACUUCAAGAUAAGUUCGGGUUUGAAGAAAAUAAGAAAAUGAAAAUCAAUUCUGAAGACAAAGGGAGCAUCACGAUAUAUUUUAAUCAAGAUUCGACGGGAAGAAAGUUUAAAUUACAUUGGCUCCCUGAAGAAAACUUGUGGAAAAUAACCAAAUUCGUGCGUGAUACCAAUCGACUUGCGAUUUUGGAUAUAAUCUCUGGUACCGAAGCUCCGGAUUGUAGGUUCUUACUAAAGACUUCUUAUGAUAUACCUAUCGCGUAUAAGGUCACAAGAAUUAUUAAUGAAAUACAAUCCAAGGGACCUUUAGAAUUGAAUGAUGGAAUGUGGUUUCGAAUUAAAGAUUUUGAUAAGAAACUUGAAAGGGUUGAAAUACGUCAAACUGUAUCAAAAAGGCGAUUCUUCAACCGAAAUUUCCAAAUCUCUAUCGUUUCUAUUAAACAAGAAUCAUCAAAAGGUGAAAUAUCAACUCAACAAACGAUCAACCUUAAAAAUCGAAGUUGGAGACCUGUAGAAAAUAUAGAUAAUAAUCCGAGAUUGCAUUAUGAUGAAGAAGAAAUAAGCAGUACAAUCUGUGAAACCAUCGAAUAUGCUAGGGAAAUAAUGAAAGUCUUAGCAUAA